ACAACCCCCAUGGAUAGACGAGAUCUCCUCUCUUAAUUGCACAUGCGCAGUCAAGGGUUACAGUCUGGACAGCUGGAGGAGAAAAUGGCAGCACGCAUGCUAGGACAGCAGGCCCGCCAGAUUAGCACAUCAGCCAUUAGGCCUGCAGCCAAACUGGUUAAGCCACCAAUCCAGGUUUAUGGCGUGGAAGGUCGCUAUGCCACUGCUCUGUUCUCAGCUGCCAGUAAGCAGAAAAAACUGGACCAAGUCGAGCAGGAGCUGGGUAAAGUGAAUGCCCUCAUCAAGGACCCCAAAAUUUCUAGUAUUGUCAUGAACCCUCAUGUGAAGCGGAGCCUCAAGCAGAAGACCUUUCAUGAUGCCCUUGCAAAGGCAAAAGUCUCCCCUAUCACAAUGAACCUCAUCGAUGUUCUGUCUGACAAUGGUCGUCUGACUCUAACUGGUGAUGUCAUCACUGCUUUUGGCAAGAUGAUGAGUGCGCACCGUGGGGAGGUGAUCUGCUCUGUAACCACUGCUCAGCCUUUGGAUCCAACUAAUCUCGCUGAGCUGAAACUUGCGCUUAAUGGAUUUCUUCAGAAGGGUGAAACUAUCAAGAUGGAAACCAAGUCCGAUCCUUCAAUCCUGGGUGGGAUGAUCGUCAGCAUUGGGGACAAGUAUGUGGACAUGUCCACAAAGACAAAGAUUCAGAAACUGACCAAGCUCAUGAGAGAAUCCUAAGUCCUGUGGACUUCAUCUUGCAUCUGUUUUAGAAAUGACCAUCAAGUGGACACAUACUGAUAAAUGUAGAUUGCUACUCGUUGAUCAUUGCAGAUGGUUCAGAUCUCCAGUGUCUGUACUUAAAAUCACUUGGAUGUUAAUAAAACCUGAAUAAUAUA